UGUAACGCUUUUCAAGUGUGUUUCGGCAAUGAUUUCCUUUCGCCUAAAUUACUCGUAACAAGAAUAUGGUUCACGAAAUUGUUUUAAAAACGAGUUGAUAACGAAACGAGUGUGGAAGGAAUAUUUAUAAAGGAAACAAUUGAGGACUGAAUCAAUUAAUAUUCAGAAGAUCUCAUCGUAAACGUUCCUGAUCAAAGAUGAGCAACGAUUUGCUACCGGAAUGGUUAAACUUGUUGCUGGACGAUGUAGAAACUAAUUUAUGCUUACCAAUACUAUUGGUUAUGGUUCUUUGUACUAUUCAAUUUAUAAUUAAUCAUAUGGUGGACAUUGGAUGCACUAUUUAUCAAAAUAUCAACCAGAGUUCGAGCGAAGACGAUGAGUCGAUUGAAAAGGAACCGGGUGAAAGUUUGAUGGACAAAAUCAAAGCAUUUGUUUGCAAUUUGGCGUCCAAAAGUGAUAGCAAUAAUUUAAGAAACACGGAGUGUACUGCGCCACAAUUACUUAGGCCGAAUGCUCGUGAAGAGGAAUGGGACUACUGCGAAGAGGAUGACGAUUAAAGAAGAAAAUUUUCCAUAUGAUACCAUAAGCCAUACCUAGCUUAAUAAUUAUUAUGAUAUAAAUGAAGAAGAAAAUGAUACUUCCUGCUGUGUAUCAUGACAGUCUUACCUUUGUUCUUCUGGAAUCAUUAUUCAUCAUUUUAUCAGCAUCAACCCAGGGAAUAUGAAGUCGUUUCUACCCGAAG